UGUAGGAGAAGGGGCGAGGCCGGCGGCGGUCCGAAGCCCGGCGGGCGGGGCCGGGAAGGGGAGGUGUAGGGGGCCGGACGGGGCGGAGCAGGCGGCCUUUGCGGCCGGCGCUGGGGCGGAGAGUUUGCGCCGGUCCCUGGGCCUGAGCUCCGGCUCGGGCUGGGGCGCCUGCGAUGUCUCAAGAUGGCGGAGCUGGGCGAGUUAAAGCACAUGGUGAUGAGCUUCCGAGUGUCUGAGCUCCAGGUGCUCCUUGGCUUCGCUGGCAGGAACAAGAGUGGGCGGAAACACGAGCUGCUGGCCAAGGCCCUGCACCUCCUCAAGUCUAGCUGCGCCCCCAGUGUCCAGAUGAAGAUCAAAGAACUUUACCGCAGGCGUUUUCCCCGGAAGACCCUGGGGCCUUCCGAUCUUUCCUUGCUCUCUUUGCCCCCUGGCACGUCUCCUGUAGGCUCCCCUGGUCCCCUUGCUCCCAUCCCUCCCACCCUUCUGACCCCUGGCACCUUGCUGGGCCCAAAGCGUGAAGUGGACAUGCACCCUCCUCUGCCCCAGCCUGUGCACCCCGAUGUCACCAUGAAACCACUGCCCUUCUAUGAAGUCUACGGGGAGCUCAUCCGGCCCACUACCCUUGCCUCUACCUCCAGCCAGAGGUUCGAGGAAGCCCACUUUACCUUUGCGCUCACUCCACAGCAGCUGCAGCAGAUUCUCACAUCCAGGGAGGUUCUGCCAGGAGCCAAGUGCGAUUAUACCAUCCAAGUGCAGCUCAGGUUCUGUCUCUGUGAGACCAGCUGCCCCCAGGAAGACUAUUUCCCCCCUAACCUCUUUGUUAAGGUUAACGGGAAACUCUGCCCCCUGCCGGGUUACCUCCCUCCAACCAAGAACGGAGCUGAGCCCAAGAGGCCCAGCCGUCCGAUCAACAUCACACCCCUGGCUCGACUCUCAGCCACUGUUCCCAACACCAUCGUGGUUAAUUGGUCAUCUGAGUUUGGACGGAAUUACUCUCUGUCCGUGUACCUGGUGAGGCAGUUGACUGCAGGGACCCUUCUACAAAAGCUCAGAGCCAAGGGUAUCCGGAAUCCAGACCAUUCCAGGGCACUGAUCAAGGAGAAAUUGACCGCUGACCCUGACAGUGAAGUGGCUACUACAAGUCUCCGGGUGUCACUCAUGUGCCCGUUAGGGAAGAUGCGCCUGACUGUCCCGUGCCGCGCCCUCACCUGUGCCCAUCUGCAGAGUUUCGAUGCUGCCCUUUAUCUACAGAUGAAUGAGAAGAAGCCAACAUGGACGUGCCCUGUGUGUGACAAGAAGGCUCCCUAUGAGUCGCUGAUUAUUGAUGGUUUAUUCAUGGAAAUUCUUAAUUCCUGUUCGGAUUGUGAUGAGAUCCAGUUCAUGGAAGAUGGAUCCUGGUGUCCAAUGAAACCCAAGAAGGAGGCAUCAGAGGUUUGCCCCCCACCAGGGUAUGGGCUGGAUGGUCUCCAGUAUAGCCCAGUCCAGGAGGGAAAUCAGUCAGAGAAUAAGAAGAGGGUUGAAGUCAUUGACUUGACAAUCGAAAGCUCAUCAGAUGAGGAAGAUCUGCCCCCCACCAAGAAGCACUGCCCUGUUACCUUGGCUGCCAUCCCAGCCCUUCCGGGAAGCAAAGGAGCCCUGACCUCUGCUCACCAGCCAUCCUCGGUGCUGCGGAGCCCUGCAAUGGGCACCCUGGGCAGUGACUUCCUGUCUAGUCUCCCGCUACAUGAGUACCCACCUGCCUUCUCACUGGGGGCUGACAUCCAAGGUUUAGAUCUAUUUUCUUUCCUUCAGACUGAGAGUCAGCACUACGGCCCUUCAGUUAUCACUUCGCUAGAUGAACAGGACACCCUUGGCCACUUCUUCCAGUACCGGGGAACCCCUUCCCACUUCCUGGGCCCACUGGCCCCCACGUUGGGAAGCUCUCACCGCAGCUCCACUCCAGCACCCCAUCCUGGUCGUGUCAGCAGCAUUGUGGCUCCUGGGAGUUCCUUGAGGGAAGGGCAUGGAGGACCUGUGCCUUCAGCUCCCUCUUUGACUGGCUGUCGGUCAGAUGUCAUUUCCUUGGACUGAGUUAUUUGGAUUACGAAACCAAUCUCCAUUGGCCCCAGCACUGAGCAGAUACGAUGUGGGUUCCCAAUCCCUGGCUGCUCUGAUCCCUCCGGGGAUCAUUGGCCAAAUGCCAGGCCAAACCUUCAUGGAUACCUGCUUUUGGCCUUAUCACUGCCUAACAGGCUAGUACUCACAGGGUUAACAUUUAACCUUUUUAAAAAGGACAUUGGGGUCUGUUUUUAGAAGUGUUCUUUGAUGGUGGCACAUUCCUUUGGGUAUGGUAACCUAGGCAGUGGGAGGCAGAUGGGACUGAGGGAUGAGGGGUCCUCAUCCUUACCAGAUCUCCAGCCUCCUGGGGAAGGGCACGUUCCUGCCCCCUCCCCCAAGACUCCUUUCCCUAUCCAAACCCAAACAUCUGGUCUUUUACAUCCAUUCCAUUCUCUUUGGCCAUACAGUCAUGUGGUAGGUCAGAGAUGGACAGAGAACUCUAUUUUGGGUUGCAGACUUCUUUUUUUGUACAUAAAUAAGAAACCCCCAAAGUAUCCAAAGAUGACUUCCCUUGCCUUUUACUUCCCAGUGUGACUCGAGGAGGAAGCAAGGCCUUAGUUGUGAUUCCCAGGGGUUCGGGGAGCAGGGCGUAGCCUGUCUACUGCCUGGGUGUCUCUAUUUAUAUAUUUAAGUUCACAAUGUUUUCAUGCUAAAAAGCCAAGGGCCUAAGCUUCUAGUGACCUGUGUUCAGGCCUAGAUGAUCCUUGCACCUUCUGUGGGACAUGGGGGUUCAGUGUUCUCCUUCCCCAUACUCAGGCCCCUUCAGGGCCAAGGCCCUAUGAUGUGAUUUUUCUUCUUAUGCCCAGAGUUGUAGCAGAGUUCUCACCUAUAAUAAAGGUUGUGAAUGUUCUGUGAGCGUCACGGAGGGGAAGAGAUGUUGUAUCUCACUUUCCAGACCCAGGGUUUAUGGGGUAGAGGGUCCAUGUUCCAUCCUUUCACUUAAAAACAAACAAACAAACCA